UUCAGGCACCGAAGAAGGCGAAGAAGAAGACAACCGAGGCUGGCUCCAAUGUGUUCAGCAUGUUUGAACAGGCACAGAUCCAGGAGUUCAAGGAAGCCUUCACCAUCAUGGACCAGAACAGGGAUGGUUUCAUUGACAAGGGUGACCUGAGAGACACAUAUGCUGCUCUAGGACGUCUCAAUGUUGGCAAUGAUGAGCUGGAUGAGAUGAUGAAGGAGGCUCCAGGCCCCAUCAACUUCACCAUCUUCCUAGCUAUGUUUGGAGAGAAGCUCAAAGGAACUGACCCUGAGGAAACCAUUCUCAAUGCUUUCAAGAUCUUUGACCCUGAGGGAAAAGGCGUCCUAAGAGGAGAGGACAUCAAAUACCACCUCAUGUCUCAGGCAGACAAGUUCACAGAGGAUGAGGUAAACCAGAUGUUCACAAACUUUCCUCUGGAUGUUGCUGGAAACCUGGAUUACAAGAACCUGUGUUACGUUAUCACCCAUGGAGAGGACAAGGAGCAGGAGUAAAACAGCCAGCAACAACCCUCCAAUCGUCUGUCCAUCACACGCCACCUGAGACCCUUCAAUCAAACAUCAUCACAUGUUGUC